CAACGGGCCUGAGAUCACCAUGCCGAAGGACUGUCGUCACUACCGCGAGCACGAUGAAGACGCUCAGGGCUUGCACACAUUCUGGGAACACAGGCACAUCCACAACGAGUACGGAUUAUUCCAUAUUCGUGCGACACACCAGGGCAUGUUGGACCGCAGCGACGGCAAGUACCGGCCCUUCAUCCUCACCCGCGCCGUCUUCGCCGGCACUCAGAGGUACGCGGCAGUAUGGACGGGCGACAACGCGGCCGAAUGGGGCUUCCUGGUGGCGUCGGUUCCCAUGUGCCUGUCUCUCGGCGUGGCCGGCGUCAGCUUCUGCGGCUCCGACGUCGGCGGCUUCUUCCAGUACCCUGAAGCCGAGCUCAUGACGCGCUGGUACCAGGCGGGUGCGUACCAACCAUUCUUCCGAGCGCACUCUCACAUCGAGACCAAACGCCGCGAGCCCUGGUUAUAUGAACCUGCCACUACUGCGCUCUUACGAGACGCUACUAGGCGCCGAUACGCACUGCUCGACUUCUGGUACACCCUAUUCUACGAGCACACGCGCGAUGGUCUGCCGGUCAUGAGGCCGUUGUUCCAGGAGUACCCUCAGGAAGAGGCUACCUUCACCAUCGAUGACACUUAUCUGCUGGGCAACAAACUCCUCGUCCGGCCAGUCACAGCCGCGGGCGCGACGACCGUACAAGUGUACUUACCGGGAGCUGAAUCCCACACCAUCUGGUACGACGUGGACUCGUACCAGGCGCACAAGGCUAACGGGUACUUUACGCAGGAAGUUAACAUCGCUAAGAUCCCGGUAUACCAGCGAGGAGGCAGUAUAGUCCCGCGCAAGGAGCGCGUGCGACGGUCGUCCGCGCUCAUGGCCAACGACCCUUAUACGCUCGUCAUUGCGCUUGACGCUAAUAACACGGCUGAGGGCACCCUGUACAUAGACGACGGAGAAACGUUCGAGUACAAGAAACAGAAGUACAUUUACGCCAAGAUCACGUACACGAAAGACGCGAUUACGUACAG